AGAUUAAUCGGGUUUGAGAGGAAUACUCAAGUGAUAUUGAUUUGUUUUUUUGACGAUACAUGGAAAAAAUCUGGCAAGCCGAUAAGACGCGUACUGAGUGCAUUUCAGGGAUUUUGAAAAGCCUGGUAAAUUCAGAAGAGUCAGUUGAAGUGAAUCUGUGAAGUGGUAAAAUGGUUACAGUGGUGGCUUCUUUUGAGAAUCUCCUGGACACAGCUCAGGAUGUCUUUCAGAGGCAAUUUAAGACAUCUCCGGAUGUUAUAGCUUGUGCUCCUGGACGAGUUAAUUUGAUAGGAGAGCAUAUCGACUACAAUGAUGGUUUUGUUCUGCCCAUGGCCCUUCCUAUGGUCACUUUGAUUCUCGGAGCGAGAAAUACCACGGAUUCCCAGGUGAAUCUUGUGACGUGUUGCGAGGGUGUCGAUGAGCCACGUCGGUGCUCUUUUGACAGUACUAACGUGUCCAAGGGGACUCCUCAGUGGGCCAAUUACGUUAAAGGGGUCUGCCAUCAUUUCCCGCACAAAAUUCCCGGAUUCAAUGCGGUGAUUGUGACAAAUGUUCCAGUGGGUGGUGGCUUGUCCAGUAGUGCAGCUCUUGAAGUGGCCACAAUCACCUUCCUGGAAGGUAUUACGGGACACCGUGUGGCAUCUGGAGCCGGCAAGGCGAUCAUUUGUCAGCAGGCAGAGCAUACAUUUGCCGGAAUGCCAUGUGGUAUCAUGGAUCAAUUGAUUUCUGUCAUGGGCAGGGAGAAACAUGCCCUCCUAAUUGACUGCCAGAAUGUCUCAGUGCAGCAGAUACCCCUGAUGAGUGAUGAACUCGUUCUCCUCAUUUGCAAUUCCAAUGUAAAGCAUGAAUUGUCCUCGAGUGAGUAUCCAACAAGGCGAAGACAAUGCACUGAGGCACUAGCCGCUAUGGGGCUGUCCAGCUAUCGAGAUGCCAAAUCUCCAGAGUGUCUCAAAGCCAUCAAGGAUCCAGUUCUCCUGAAGAGAGCUAGACAUGUCGUCACAGAGAUUAAACGUACUCAAGAAGCCGCUGAAGCUCUAUCAAGAAAAGACUUUAGCACAAUGGGGCGCCUAAUGACGCAAUCCCACAAAUCUCUGAGAGAGGAUUUUGAGGUUUCCUGCCCAGAGUUGGAUCUUCUUGUAGACACUGCCGUCACUUGCGAGGGUGUUUUGGGUUCUAGGAUGACUGGAGGGGGUUUUGGAGGAUGUACUGUCACUCUGGUGAAGAAAUCAAAUGUUCAGAGUGUGAUUGAUCGUAUUGCAGAAGUUUAUUGCACAUCCGGUGGUUCCCCAACCUUCUAUCUAGCAACACCAAGUACUGGCGCCCGUUUGGUAUCAUCAUGAAGUUCCAGGAAGCAAAAGUAGAGGAGGGGGAGUUAGGAGGAGUGUGUAGAACUUCAAGCUCCCCUUUCCUGAUCGAAUUACAUUCCACAGUUGGAGAGACAGAGGAAAAAAAAAGAAAGAAAAGUGUUAAGAAUCGUAAAUCAAUUUCACAUUAAAUUCAGUGGGAAUUUAAA